GGAGCCUCCCGCGGGCGGCGGCGGCUGCCGGGCGGUGUCGUGCGGCCCCCCGCGCCCGUGCGGGGACUAUGAAGCACCAUGGUGUGGUGUGACCGUGGCGUCCAGAUGCUGCUGACCACCGUGGGCGCCUUCGCCGCCUUCAGCCUCAUGGCCAUCGCCAUCGGCACCGACUACUGGCUCUACUCCAGCGCCCACAUCUGCAACGGCACCAACAUCACGACGGACGAGGCGCAGGGGCCGCCGCGGAAGGCGCGGGGCGAUCUCACGCACUCGGGGCUCUGGAGGAUCUGCUGCCUCGAAGGAAUCUACAAAGGACACUGUUUCCGAAUCAACCACUUCCCUGAAGACAAUGACUAUGACCACGACAGCUCAGAAUACCUGCUCCGCAUCGUCCGUGCCUCCAGCGUGUUCCCCAUCCUAAGCACAAUUUUGCUGUUGCUGGGAGGACUCUGUGUCGGAGCAGGAAGGAUUUACAACAGCAAAAACAACAUCAUUCUCAGCGCUGGGAUUCUCUUUGUUGCAGCAGGUCUAAGUAAUAUCAUAGGGAUCAUUGUCUACAUAUCAAGCAAUGCAGGUGACCCAAGUGACAAGCGAGAUGAGGACAAAAAGAACCAUUACAACUAUGGUUGGUCUUUUUAUUUUGGAGCCUUGUCUUUUAUCGUGGCCGAAACCAUAGGUGUUCUGGCUGUGAACAUUUAUAUUGAGAAGAACAAAGAGCUGAGGUUUAAGACCAAGAGGGAAUUCCUUAAGACUUCUUCCAGUUCUCCUUAUGCCAGGAUGCCAAGCUACAGGUACAGGAGGAGGAGGUCCAGAUCCAGCUCUCGGUCUACGGAGCCUUCUCCGUCCAGAGACAUUUCCCCGGUUGGCAUGAAGAUAGCGAGCACCAUCCCCAUGAACGAGAUUUCCAUGUACACCCUCUCCAGGGAGCCCCUGAAGGUCACAACGGCUGCCAGCUACAACGCAGACCAGGAAGCCAGCUUCCUGCAGGUUCACAACUUCCUUCAGAAGGAAUUUAAGGAAGGACUCCACGUCAACAUGGUCAACAGGAGGACGACGCCCGUUUGAAGCACGUCCCUUCCUCGCGCUUUUUGAAGAAGUGUCAGAACAGGAUGGGUCUGUCAUGGGAGAGAAGGAGCGAUGUUAAAAUACCCUCUCACCUCUUUAAUUGUGGCAUGUGUUGAGGUAGCAAGUGGAGAUCCUCUGGACCAACAUAAAGAUGUUACACGCUCGUAGCUUUUUUUGAAGCUAUUUGGAGUUUGUUUCUUUCCGUUCUUGGUGUCACGAGAUGAAGGCAGUUCGUGUUGCUGCACUUUUGUAGUGUGUACACAGUCUUGGAGAAACUGCAAAGGACAGGCCACCAGUGUGUUUUAAAGGAUUACAGAAAAAUUGUUGUACGACUUUUCUUUUUCUUUUUUUUUUUUUCUAAUAUUGAGAUCCCUUAAUACAAACUUGCAAAUAUAAUUUAUAAUCAAGCCCAAGGAUGAAUAUGAACUACUCAUCGAGUGAGCCACUUUCCUUUGACACGGAGUAAACUUUGCCUCUUUCAAAAAAAAAAAAACAAAACCACAGAAAAAAAAAUAUUUUUGAAGGCAACACUUUCUAAAACUGACCUGUGCCACUGAAACCGUAGAGCACCCACGUACUGAGCAGUGUGGACUCCCUGAUGGGGUGAUGAGGGAGUCCCCCGUUUCUGGGUGUGAGGCAUCCCUUGGGGCGAUGCAGGUCGAGGAGAAGAGGGUUGGAUGCGUCUUGAGACCCCCCCCUCGACAAGGGGAAAGAUUGAAGCAGGUGGGACUUGAGCCUAUUUGCAAAUAUCAUUUUUUGCCUAACGUUUAGAAAACUUGAAUUCCUCAUCUCGACGAGCCCUAGUGCCUGAUCCGGCGAGGUGCUGAGUGCUGUCUGUCAGGAGCCCCCAGAGACACUCCCAGCGAGGGCGAGGGGCAGAGCCGAGCCGGGCUGGCCGGUUCCCUGCGCCUGCAUUCCUGAUUUCCUUACUGCUUCACAAGUGCAACACUAACGCUACUGGAAACUAAGAUCUCUAAGCAACGGGCGGAAGACGAGGAGCUAAACUAGCAAACCUUCCUGCAGCGACGGGAGCGGAGCGUUAACAAGAGCAGAUGGCGACUUUGUAUUUUUAAAAAAAGAAAAAAAAAAAAAAAACAGAACAAAAAAAAAAAAAUUUAGUCACCGUUUAUGAGAUAUUUAUUAAACUCUUUUUAUUAUGAAUAAGUGCCGCAUGGUGCAAGGUAUAGUUGCUUUUAGAUGGAGAUGGUGGCGGUUCGACCUGAUUUAAUUUAUUUUGUGAUGAUGCAUCUUACUUACGUGCAGAGAGCCCACUGCAAACUCUAUGCAUCACGUAAGGAGGGAACUAAUUUGUACCCUUUGCUUCUGUAUGUUUCUAAAAGAGCCUGAAAUUUUUUUUUUUUUUUUCUUCUCCUUAGAAAUUCCUGCUUUCAUUUUUUUUACACUUUUAGGCUUGGAUCUCAAAGCUCGAGGGCCUGACUCAAAGGUAAUUUAAUUUAAUAGUACUCAUGCUGAUUUUAGUGACCACUCGACCAAGCCAUAUGAGAAUGAGGUGCCCGAUUCCCCACAGAUGAAUUAGAUGCAGUGAGAGAGGAGCAUCUGAUUCCUGGAGAUUCCUUUGAAUAUGCCCAUCAUCUUUACCCAGAAGACUAGAGAAGUGGUGACAAGGGAAAAAAAAAAAAAUGAUGAUUUGGAAAGCUUGGCUCACUGAUGGUGGGAGAUCUCAGCCAAACUGUUAAACCUCUUUAGUCUUAAUUUAUCCCGUGAUGGCCGUGACUCGGUGGUGGUUUGGAUUCAAGGCUUUCAGCUAGUGGAACCAAGUCCUCCAGGGAAACCCCGGAGAAGCUGCCUUAACAUCCCAAAAAGCAAGUUAAACCCUUUCUCCCCCCCCUCCCCCACAGAUAAACCCUACUUAAGCCUCUCUCCUUGCAAGAACCAAGACACAAUUCUCAAUUCUAAGCGAAAGUCUUCCCCUUGUCACUGUUCAGCUCUGCUGGGCCCUCAGCCCGGCAGAGCCACGUCUUUAUUUUGGCAGAGGUGGGUUGGAGCCUUCAUCCCUGCUCAUUAAGAGUUUCCAUUCAGGUUAAAACUCUGCUGGGAUCCUUUUAUCGAACCUCUGAACUCUGAGAGCUGAAGCGAAUGGAGCAAUGGGAACGAUUUAAAAGUAGAAAAAUGUUGUGCUACUUUCUGUAUCAACACACUAUGGAGAAAGAUGUUACACAAGCCUUUUUAAAAAAAAAAAUAUUCAAACAGAGGCAGACAAGAAAACUUUUUUACCUACUUUUCGGCUAGGACAACAUAAAAGAGUUCUAAAAUUAUUAAAGUUCUUGAUGAAAGGUUUUUUUUACAAGAAACUUUAUGCUUUCAGACAAUAAAUUAUUUCCUACUUUUUGAGACUUCGUAAUAUUAAAAUACUUUGAUUAGCUAUGAUAGAAGUAGAAGUUUGCAAUGAAAAAAAAAACAACAACCUUCUGUCUCAUUAGUGUGUCAUACUAAGUGCUAAUUAAUUUACAUCUAAUUAUAGUCGAUGUAUUUUUCAAGUGCAAUUUCCCAGAACUAUUUGUUUCCCACUGUGUUAAUAAACUAAUAGUUAGAACUAAGUCCUCAUCCGUGUUUACUGUAAUUAAGAAUAAAACCAUUCCCUUUAAAACCAGGAGUUAGAUAUAGGCUGUUUCUCUGAACUCAUGUACCUUGAACUGGAAGUCGACAGUGUGAGGUUUGCUCCGCGCGUUGGUUUUGUUCUUUUAAUCGUCAUUCUCCAGUGAAUGUGCUUCAAACCAUCUGAUUCCAGCCAAAGUCCAAGGUUUUCCUUCAGCCCAGGUCACACCUGCAGAGGCACGUGAAGUAUUUUUACACCACGCUGGCAAAAAAACAAACCAAACAUCUUGCUGAGGGUUUUUGGGGUGUUCGGCAGAGCCUCCUCCCCCAGGGCAGGGUUGGUCUCAGCAGCUCCCCGAGGGUGAUGCCCUGUCCUGGCCCGAGCCGGAGCAUCUGCUCCUUCUCCAGCAGGCACCUUGGAAAAACGGAGCUGGAGCGGGGAUCCUGGGAUGCUCAUGGGACACGGGGUCUGGACAGGGAACAAAGGCACAUCUCCACCAGGAGAUAAUGGGACCAGAGCUUUUGUCCUGUGGGAGAACAGGGGCUGCCACUGAAAACUCACCCAGUUGCAGUGCAGCACAUUGUUCAACCAAAGCAAAAAAAAACUUUUCACUUGACAAUCCCAGUAAAAAAGAAAAUCCUCAGAUAAUCAGUCCUUUCCUGUGGAAAACUUUGAUUCCGACAAAACUGAAAAAAUCUGCAGCAUUCCUGGCCAUGAACAGUUUUGCUCCAUGGCUGAUCUAUCUGAACAGUUAGACUGUGCUCAGACUUUGAAACCACUCAGUGAUGGUUUAAAAAACCCAUCUGUUCUUCCACAUCUCUCUGGUUUCCCCGGCCAGCACCGAACAAAUGAGCCCCAUUUCUCAGCAAGGCCUGCAGAUAUCACAGAACCAUAUCAUUAACAAUAAUCAGUUUUUUGGUAUAUAACAUACUGUAAGAGCAGAACUUAAAAAAAAAAAAAAAAAGCUAUUGGAUCAGAUUUGAUUUUCCAAGAAACAAAGUUUCAGGUGUAUCAUCAGCUCUCUCUUCCUCGUUUCUCAUCCACAAUAGGAGUAAAAAGAGAAAUCACUUCAGCUGCCCAGGCAUCUAACAAUAAACUAUUUUUCUAUUUCCUUUUCUCUCUGUAUGGAUCACAUAUCCACAAGGGCUAAUAUAUCACGUCCCUUGAGGCUACAUUUCUGUCUGCAGUUCUAAAGUGUUAUUUCCACUGUGCUUCAGUUCUACUGGUAUAAUCACAACCAUGUAUAAUGUACUUAAUCCUUACUUUUUAAAUAAACCAUUUUAAAUGUA